UCCGGCUCAGCCAACGGACUGGAGUGACGAACUUCCUGCCUACAUUAUCUUGUAUUAGGGGGAUUUUUCAAUGUGAUUACUAAAAGGAAAGUACGCGUUAACGAAAUAUGACAUAGAGACGCCGAGUUAGCGUGGCGAACGAGUUAAAGGCGAAACAGUCUCGUCGUGACAGUCAACGAUGCUCUUUGUAUGCAUGUUGUCUUCCUGUGGCCAAGGACGGGGAAUUGGAAAACCACAAAGAGACUGAGCUGGUGUGUGUUGAUCUAGCGAAGUGUCAUCCGAACUUGAAUAGGAUAUCCCAAGCAUUAUUUCGCCAGGAUUGUCAUAGUUUUACGGCACGUUCAAUGCAGCGGUCGUCUGUUGACUUCUUCGUCGAGUGGAAGCAGGCAUUCUCCAGUUGCAGUAGGUUCCUUUUACAUUCAUCUCUUCCGGCAAAGUCACUACAGAAGGGAAAUAGGCCUGUUACUGCAAUUAACGAGAAUUUAUGGGAUCACAAGUUUCAUCUGAUGAGAUGAGUGUGCGAGCGGGGCAGGGCAGUGACGAGGUGCUGGUGUCGCAGGCGGUGUGGGAUUACCUUGCAGCCGCAGGACGACCCUGGUUGGUUGACUUCGAGGACAAGCAGGGACUGAGCGCGGACAUCAUCCGGCGCGGGGAGCGUGGCGGCUGCUGUGCCGUGCGGCUCUCCCCGGUGGAGGGCAGCAGCAGGGCUAGAACUGGCAUGAUGGAGGGGCCGGUUUCUCCUGUUACACGGAAAGCUUUCAUAGACUUAUGCCGCUGUGCCCGAAAGGAGAUGACCAAACAAGAAGCGGCUCCUAAAAGGAAACGUUCUCUUUUACCAUGCGUGACGGCGAUGGAGCCCGACGGAGAAGGGAGCUUGUUGCCUCCGCCUCCCCCUCAACCACGUCGCUCGCAGAGGCAACAGCAGAAAUACAGGAAAAAUGCAGAUAUGGACACCUGUGUGGUUUUACCCAUGCAACAUGAGGCCACAGCAAGGACCGGUGCUGAAUUAGCCAUUGUUCAUGAAGAAGAGAGCACCGUUUGCUCUAUCUGCAUGGGCGAAAUGGUUGAAAAGACAUCUCUGGACAAGUGCGGUCACUCGUUCUGUCGGUCCUGCUUAGAACAGGCGUUUCAAGUCAAAAAGGCUUGUCCUGUUUGCAGGCUGGUGUAUGGGCAGCUUAUUGGUAACCAGCCAGCCAAUGGAACCAUGAUGGUUGAAAGAGACCCAGACCUGGAGUUGCCUGGACAUGAAGGUUACGGCUGCAUAUGCAUUAUUUACAGUUUCCCUCCCGGUUUGCAAGCGCAAGAGCAUCCAAACCCUGGGGUUAGGUAUCCAGGCACAGACCGGGUGGCAUACCUGCCAGACAGCCCUGAGGGAAACCGUGUCCUACGCAUGCUGCGGCGGGCCUUCGAGCAGCGCCUCAUCUUCACCAUAGGCACCUCCAUGACCACCGGGAUGCAUAACGUCAUUACCUGGAAUGAUAUUCACCACAAGACCUCCAUAUGGGGCGGACCACGAUGCUUUGGUUAUCCAGAUCCUACAUACCUUGUGCGGGUGACAGAGGAACUGCGGGAGAAAGGAAUAACAGCUGAUUGAUUUGCGUCAAGCAUUUGAGAAGUUUCAAAAGGAUGGAAAACGUGUGCGCUUGACCACAGUCUCUUCACAAACACACUGUGUGGAAGCCACAUCUGCUGCAGCAUUGAUUUGGUCAGGACGCUGUUUCAACAAUGUUUCAUUUCAGUCUUUAUGUUUAGCUUCGUUCUUUAGUUUACUUGAGUGAAGGCAGUGUUUCACAGACUCUAUUUUCUUUGGUACAAACCUGGGGUGCACUUUACUGAGACGGAUUGUUCAAUAGACUCAGCUGAGCUUAAGAUACCCACUGGACUGCUAAAAUGUGAAUGUCAUUAAGGUGUACACGACUCCUCAUCUACGGUACAAACUUCCUCUUCCCUGUUUCAGGUUAGAAUCACUAGGCUGCUGGCCUCCCUCUUCUAACUCAGUUUCUUCCAUCCAAACUCUCCUUAGUAACAACUGAUGGUAACAUCUGGAUAGAGACAAAUGAGGGACAAAUGGCAUAGCACAGUUAAAUGGGUACAGCUGGGACAAUCCCAUACAACCUUUUUUUUCUCGUAAUCAGCACUAAGAGGCACUUUGCAAUGGAGGUAAUCUUUUUAUUAUGAGAAUUUAAAGUGGAUUCUGCCUGAUCUUCCAGAGUGCAGGAUCUAGAAAGGUUAUUUAUGGGCCUUUCUAAUUAUGAGGUCCUAGUAAAAGAGAUGCAAGUCGAUUUCAGUUUGUCCUAGCUUUCAUCACUUAUAAUGUCAGUUUUUGUCUUUUGUUUCAGUAUGAUGUUCAUAAAAAGUUAUAUUUUUUGUUCUGUGUUUAUUCAGUUUUCCCUAGUUUGUAUUUUUAGGCUGUUUAUAGAUUUUUGAGUUGAAACCUCUGUCACAUAUAUAUAUAAAAUGAUGUCAAAAAUGAAAGGGCGUGUAAACCACUUAAACCAAACUAAAACAUAAUAGCUCAAAACUUUGCUGUAACCAUUGUGUUUAUGCCUCACACUUGGAGAAAAGCCUAGCACUAGUUUAUUUUAAAGAAUCAGCAGAUUUGUUUAUACAAAAUAUGCUGAAGUAGAAAAUAAUUCAGAAACACAGCACAUGACUCUCAUGAAAAUAGGUCACAUUUAACCCUAAACUCAAAAGAAAAAUUAUAUUUUGCAUUUAGCUUAUUUUAGCACUAUUAAGAUGUAAUAUUAUUUUCCUGAUUCAAUUGCAAUAGCUAUUUUUUGUCAUAUCCUUUAUUUAAAUUAUAAUUUUCAUUAUUAGAACACACACACAAUAUAUAUGUUAUAGUAAAACAGUAAUGCACUUAAUUUUUUUUAUAAUUUAAUUUUAAAUUGUUUUUUGAAUUUUUGAAUUGCAUUUAUAAUGAUGCCAUGCAAAACACAGAAACACAAAAUAACUUUUCUUUUGAUUUCAGUGUGAGAUGUGACCCAGGUUUUGUGAGAUUCAUCCAAAUAUCUUAAAAAUAUGCUAGGCUGCUGUUGAAGCGGAUUUAUGAGAUUUGUUUUGUAUUUCUCUCAUUGAAAUGUUAUUGUGCCUUCUGCUAAAGGUCACAGCCUGUUAUAACGGUACUCAUUACUUGUUGAUAUUGGUUCAAAUGUGUUCUGAUCAAUAUGAAGCAUUAACCUUAUAGCAGUCUUUCAGCUUUAAGCAAAAUGCAUCAUACUUUGGAAAGCGGUGAUCAGGUCUUGAAUUGUUUUGCGCAAACCAAAACAUUUACUUCGUGUUAAGAAGGUUGCUUAUGUUUUACAGUAUCACUAAACAGAAACAGUAUCAGAUUUGAGUUUUGUUUUGAUACCACAUUCUCUUACUCUCACCUUUGUGUUAUGAAGGACCAAUUCAAUCAGGAUUUGUAGGACUUAAGUGUUACUGUCAUGCAAAAUUCUAUGCACUUCAAAUCAGAUUUAUAAAAUAGACCUCUUCAGAUGACUGAUUGUUCAAAUUAAAUAAUUUGCCUUUAUAGUUGUGUUGAUUUGUAUUACAUAAUUGAAUUGUAUGCUACAAUUAAAAAUGUGCUUUACAUUUUCAUACUUGAAUA